UUCUUAUUGACGCCGGCGCGAUGCAUGAUAGCUUGGCUGUGCGCAGAGCUCUGGCUUCCCGUUCUCUUGCGCUUCAGUCUCACAUCGGCGGAUACGUUUGAUCAGCGCAGUCAGUCACCAUGGCGGACAAAUUGGCCACGCAGCCUCCCAAGAUGGCAUACUACGAGCUCAGCUAUCCGGCUCCGUAUGUCAUGCUCGUCACCAUCAACCGCGAGGCGGCAAUGAAUGCCAUAACCAUGGCUGGCUGCUGGGAUGGCAUGCGACUCUGGGCAUGGUUCGACGAGGAGCCCGAGCUGCGGGUAGCUAUCGUCACGGGCAAGGGUAGAAAGGCGUUCUGCUGCGGAGCCGAUCUCAAAGAGCAGUUUGAGAGGAAGAGUUCGUCGACAGAGCAACCGCAGGUGUCGCCGUUCCCGCCCGGUGCCUUCAUGGGGCUAAGCACGCGCGUCGGCAAGAAGCCGGUCAUCGCCGCCGUCAACGGCUUUGCCCUAGGUGGCGGGUUCGAGAUCGCAUUGAACUGUGACUUGGUAGUUGCAUCACCGUCUGCCACCUUCGGUCUACCAGAGGCGAAGAGGGGGCUGUGGGCAGCAGCCGGAGGCAUCCCCCGCGUCGUCCGGACGUUUGGCAUGCAAAAGGCGUCAGAGAUUGUUCUAGCCGGGCGAACGCUGUCGGCGCAAGAGGCCAGAGACUUGGGCUUCUGCAGAGUGUCCGCCUCGCCCGACUCGCUCCUGGACGAGUCCGUGGCGCUUGCGAAGGAGGUGGCCGACAUGUCGCCCGACGCCGUCGUGAUAAGCCGGGCUGGACUCCGCGAGACCUGGGAGACGGCCAGCGUGGACCGAUCGGCCCAGCUCGUGAGCGCCAGAUACGCAAAGGGGCUGCUCGAAGGCGAGAACCUGCGCAUCGGAUUGACGGCUUUCGUGACCAAGUCGAAGCCAGAGUGGCAGCCGUCGAGGCUCUAGCACGCAGACAGCCCACUGACUUGCUUUGCGCGCAACUUCGUAUACUAAACAGUAGUUAUAGUAAAUGCCGAGAAAGACGGAGGCAGAG